GCAUCCUUAAACACGAUUCAACAUUCAAGUCCAGCUCCAUACAACACCAACACAGCCUAGAAGCAAGUGUAUCUGCCAAUCUCGCCCAUCAUGCUUCUUUUAGAUUACCAGAACGUUUUAAUAGAGUCCAUACUCAAGGAGAGACUCUAUGGAGCCCCCCCUACUUCUAUCGAUCAGACAGUGUCCGACUUCGACGGCGUAAUCUUCCAUAUAUCGACCCCCGAGGCUAAGUCAAGAAUCCAAGUAUCUAUCCAAAUCCGAUGCUUUAAGGAACUUGUCAAGUACGGCGCCGAGCAGGUCCUUCAACGCGAAUAUGGUCAAUACGUCGUAGCUCCAGAGCCCAGCUAUGACUUCUCUAUUCAAAUUGAUCUAGAUAAUCUCCCGGCAGAAAAGGAAGAACGAGACGAGCUAGUGAAGAAGGUCUCCUUAUUGAAACGAAAUGCAAUGGCCGCCCCAUUCGAACACGCCUACGCCGAACACUACAAGCUCAAGGAAGCCGCCUCGAAGUUUACGUCGGAAGAAGCACCACAGGGUGUCCAAGAGGGCGGUGAGAUUAUGGCCAUCCACUACCGCGACGAGGAAGCCAUCUACGUUAAAGCAAGCCACGACCGUGUAACUGUUAUCUUCAGCACCAUUUUCCGUGAAGAGACAGACCGAGUAUUUGGAAAGGUCUUCAUCCAAGAAUUCGUCGAUGCCCGAAGGAGAGCUAUCCAAAAUGCACCUCAAGUCCUGUUCAGGAAUGAUCCACCGUUAGAAUUGCAAGGGGUUCCUGGUGUACAGGCUGGUUCCAAUGGAGAGGUUGGAUAUGUUACCUUCGUUCUGUUCCCGCGACACUUGACUCCCCAACGAAUGCCCGACUGCAUCUCCCAUAUCCAGACCUUCCGAGACUACUUCCAUUACCACAUCAAAGCGUCCAAGGCAUACAUUCAUUCUCGUAUGAGAAGGCGGACAGCAGACUUCCUCCAAGUACUCCGAAGAGCGAGACCAGAGAACGAAGAGAAGGAGAGAAAGACAGCAAGUGGAAGAACAUUCAAGGUUCAGGCUUAGGACAGCAAUGCCUAAAACAAAGAUUUUGAGAUAUAUUGGCGGUAGGGGGCUCAUAACCCCCCACAUAUGCGAAUCACGAACAAUACCAAGACGAAUUGACCGAAAAUGCCUCCAAAACAGUAUACCAUUCAAUAGAUGGUCACCUGUACGAAUUACGUAACGAUUAAAGUACUAAGAUUAAUACGUUCAGCCCUGUUUAGAUCCGAGGCCAAAUCCUUUGCUAGUAACCAAACAUAUACUACUCCAACCCAGAUCGAAACGCAAUGUUUCUUCCCCUCACCCAUAUACCAUUUUACAUCAAGUCAAACUACGACGGGUUUCCCUAAAUCUUUUCACAGUUAGAACAUGUUUCUAAUUGCGUUUCAUAAUAGCCUAUGCAGUAUGCAUGAUACCUGCCUUUGUGGUUCAUUUGCGUAUCGCAGGUUUUCAUACC